GACAGCGGGCACCGCGUCAUCUGGCAAGGCAGUGGGCUCCGAGUCAACAGGCACGACAGUGGGCACCGGGUCAUCAGGCAUUGGAUCGUCUGGCUCGACAGCGGGCAUCGGGUCACCAGGUAUGACAGCGGGCCCUGGGUCACCAGGCAUCAGGUCAUUUGGCUCGCCAGCGGGCACCGCGUCACCUGGCAAGGCAGUGGGCACCGAGUCACCAGGUACCGGACCAUCUGGAUCAACAGCGGGCAUCGAGUCAACUGGCCUAAUAGGAUCGUCAGGCUGGAUCAGUUCAUCAUGCUGGGUAGUAGAGGCAUCAGG